CAGAGGGUAGCAAUUUCGGCGCAGCUUGGGUCAUGGUGCAGCUCCGGCCGCGCGCGUCUCGCGCCCCGGCCUCGGCGUCCGCGAUGGUGGACGAGGGCCCGCCCGCCUCGGAGGAGGAGGCGGAGCACGGCCUGUUGCUUGGGCAGCCCAGCAGCGGCUCGGCCGCCGAGCCGCUGGAAGAAGACGAAGAGGAUGAUGAGCUUGACGACGAGGCCCCGGAGGAGCUCACUUUCGCCAGCGCCCAGGCGGAAGCAAGAGAAGAAGAGCGGCGAGUUCGGGAGACUGUGCGCAGGGAUAAGACGCUUCUGAAGGAGAAGAGGAAGCGACGCGAGGAGCUGUUCAUCGAACAAAAGAAAAGAAAACUUCUUCCAGAUACUAUCCUAGACAAGUUAACUGCAGCGUCACAGACUGAUCUGAAGAAGUCACCGGUAAAGUUGAAAGAAGUUAAGUUGCAAAAGAAAAAUGAAGAAUGUGAGCAAGGAAGUGACUCCAAGAAAGCUAAAGUGCGAAAAGUACAGACUGUUGGCCAGAAUAAAAGCUACUUGGCUGUAAGGCUAAAAGACCAAGAUUUGAGAGACUCAAGGCAGCAAGCAGCCAAAGCCUUCAUACAAAAUUGCUUAUAUGGUCCCGGAACCAACAGAACUACUGUAAACAAGUUCCUGUCUCUUGACAAUAAGAGGUUACCAGUGAAAAAGGCUGCAGCCCAGUUUUUGAAUCAUGCUUGGGGAUCCCAGAAAAAGCAAAAUGCCAAGAGAUUUAAAAGACGUUGGAUGGUCAGAAAGAUGAAAACUUCUAAGAAGUAACACAUCAAAGCUAAAUGAAGAAUGAGUACUUUGUAUGUAUAGAACUUAGUUAUUUAGAGGAUUUAACUUUUCUGAAAAAAUUAAUCAUUUUAAAGGGUCAUUAUAAAAAUCCUAAAUCUGUUUGGGGAUGUUUCAUCCUCCUGGAGUAUAAUUAUGCCUUGUGGGGUUUUUUUUUUGAGUCCUGGAAGAAAAAGCAUUUUCAAAGGACUUCUUUCAUUUAUCACUGUUUACCCGUAAUACCCACACCACAGGGGCACCUCUGCUGCCCCUCCCUCCAGCCUGCAGCACGUGCAGCAGGUAAAGCUCCACUGCUGCUCUCGGAUGCUUUAGUCCGUGGGAUGUGUUGCUGCUGUUGACAAGAAUCUCACAGACUGUGUGGAAGUGUGCAGUAUCCUAGCACAGCUAAAAAUCCCAUUCUUUGUAAAGAAAGUUUAAGCCUCAGUGUACAAAACACAGCCAAUAAACACCUUUGCCAAACCAAA